ACCGAUUCUUCUCUCUGUUGCAUUGCAUUUGCAAAUUGCAUGCAUGCAUGCAUGGAUCCUUUCCCAACGGUUGUACCUCUACCCAGAGAGACACCAUGAGCAUUAUAUAUACCAUACGAUACCCCAUAGACCACCAUCACCACCACCACCACCACCAUCACCAUUUCCAUUGAUUGAUAUUGUUUUGCAAGAAGUUUGGUGGUUGUGCGAGGGUGUGCUUUGUUGUUGCCAACACAUAACACAUUUGAGGAAGAUGGAUCAAGGCACUGCUACAGUUUUGCUGUUUUUGGUGGUGGUUGCCAUCAUCUUCUUUCUGCCUUUGGCGAUGGGUCCUGUUCAUCCGCCCUCCUUUCCUGUGCUCCUGAUCUUCCCUGUUGUUCUAGGAGCAAUCUGGGCAUUCCUUAAUCAUGCAACCAAGUGAUGUCAAUGUUCUUUUUCUUCUUCCUCAGUACUAUUAUAAUAUCCAAUAUCAUGUAAUAAGCAGCAAUCUAUUAUGAUUGUUUUGCCGUUUCAAAUUCAAUAAUGGGAGGAAGGAAUUAAUGCUUUA